AUGCCCGGAAUCCCUCUCCACGCCCUCGACAACCUCAAGGCCAAGCUCAAGGCUGCCUUCAAGAAGAAGGGUGAGAAGGAGCCUGCUGCUGAGAACAAGCCCGCCGAGAGCAAGCCUACCGAGACCACCACCGAGCCCACCAAGACUGAGGCCGCUGCUCCCCCAGCCCCAGCCACUGAGCCCGCCGCCCCCGUUACUGAGCCUCCCAAGGAGGAGGCCAAGCCUGAGGCCGAGACAAAGCCGGAGGCUCCUGCUGCUGCUACCGACGCUGCCAAGACAGAGGAGGCUGCUCCUGCACCUGCCACUGAACCUGCUGCUCCGGCCGCUGCCCCGACCACCGAAGCCGCUCCCGCUGCCGAGCCCGCCAAGACGGAGCCCGCCCCAGUCGCUGCCCCCGCCGCUGCUCCGGCCGUUGAGACUCCCGCUCCCGCUCCCGCUGCCGUCCCCGCUCCUGCUCCUGCUCCUACCGAGCCUGCUCCCGCUGAGGCCCCCAAGGAGGAGAAGAAGGAUGCCGACCCCCCAGCUCCCGCUCCCGCUCCUGCUGCCGCCUCUUAA